UUACAAUGGAACAAGAGGGAACUUUGAAGCACAUGAGCUUUCAAGCAUUCUCUCCAUAGCAUCAUCUGUCAAGGAUAUGUGUAACCAUGUGUUGAAACAUUAGAACAUCCAUGGAUGCUCUUGCAAGACUAGUGAUCAUCUUCUCUUCUGUACUCUUCAUCGUACCAAUUUCCAUUGCUGUAGAUACAAUAACAGUAAAUCAACCCAUCAGAUAUGGUGAAACCAUAAUUUCAGCUGGUGGGAGCUUUGAACUGGGUUUUUAUACACCAGAGAAUUCGAAGAAUCAAUACUUGGGGAUAUGGUACAAGAAGGUGACUCCUCGAACAGUGGUAUGGGUUGCCAACGGAGACUUCCCACUCACUGAUUCAUUGGGAGUUUUGAAGGUCACAGACCAGGGAACUCUUGUUAUUCUCAAUGGCACUAAUAGCAUCAUUUGGUCUUCUAAUGCAUCACGAUCUGCACAGAAUCCAACUGCCCAGCUUUUGGAGUCUGGAAAUCUUGUAUUGAAAAAUGGAAAUGAUGAUGACCCAGAAAAUUUCUUAUGGCAGAGCUUUGAUUAUCCAUGCAGUACUCUUCUACCAAGCAUGAAGCUUGGAAGGAACAAGUCAACAGGCCAGGAAUGGUACCUAUCAUCAAGUAAGAGUACCGAUGAUCCAUCCAAGGGUAAUCUUACUUAUCGGCUUGAUCCCCAUGGCUAUCCUCAACUUCUCAAGAGGAAUGGGCUGAUUCUGACGUUUUGCUCUGGACCAUGGAAUGGUCUCCGUUUUAGCGGGUUUCGAGCAUUAGCAGGGAAAUCAAUUUAUAAACAUGUUUUUACUUUUAAUGAAAAGGAGAUGUAUUAUACAUAUGAACUUCUUGACAGCUCUGUUGUUUCAAGGUUGGUGCUAAAUUCAAAUGGUGAUAUGCAACGCCUCACAUGGACAGAUGUUACUGGUUGGACCAAAUACUCAACCAUGCCGAUGGAUGACUGCGAUGGUUAUGCAUUCUGUGGUGUGCAUGGCUUCUGUAAUAUAAACCAAGUUCCAAAAUGUGGUUGCUUGGACGGUUUUCAGCCAAAUUUCCCAAACAACUGGGAGAUGGGGGUUUGGUCAAAUGGAUGUUUUCGCAGUAGGCCGUUGGAUUGUCAGGGAGGAGAAUGGUUUAAAAAGUACUCUGGUGUGAAGCUGCCAGAUACUCGGAAUUCAACGUAUAUUGAAAGCAUAAACCUUAACAAAUGUAAGUCGGAAUGCUUGAGGAACUGCUCCUGCACUGCUUAUGCAACUCCAGAUACCAAAGGAGGAAAGGGAUGCUUGCUCUGGUUUGGGGACUUGUUUGAUAUCAGAGAUAUGCCUGAUGGUAGACAAGAGUUCUUUGUAAGGAUGGCUGCCUCAGAAUUAAACACAAAUAGCAGCUCCACGGGGAAGAAACGAAGGCGGGUCAUUGUCUCUUCUGUUUCAAUCAUGGGAGUCAUUCUCCUAGGCCUAUCCCUGACCUGGUAUGUUCUGAAGAAGAAGAAACAAAAGCGAGAGGGAGAACUGGUACACAAUUCAGAAGAAAACAAAAAUGAAGAGGAGAAGAAGGAUCUAGAAUUACCAUUAUUUGACUUGGCUACAAUAUUGAAUGCCACCAAUAACUUUUCAAUUGAGAAUAAGCUUGGAGAGGGUGGUUUUGGACCUGUUUACAAGGGUCUGUUGCAACAAGGGCAGGAGGUAGCUGUGAAGAGACUGUCAAAAGAUUCCAGACAAGGACUUAUUGAGUUCAAAACUGAAGUAAUACACAUUGCAAAUCUUCAGCACCGAAAUCUUGUGAAGCUUCUUGGAUGUUGCAUUCAUGGCCAAGAAAAGAUGCUGAUCUACGAAUACAUGUCUAACAAAAGCUUGGAGUCCUUUAUUUUUGAUAAAAGGCGAAGCAAGGAACUAGAUUGGCCUAAGCGCUUUCUUAUUAUCAAUGGGAUUGCUCGAGGACUUCUUUAUCUUCAUCAAGAUUCCAGACUGAGAAUAAUUCAUAGAGAUCUAAAAGCAGACAAUAUUUUGCUGGAUAGUGAGAUGGGCCCAAAAAUUUCAGACUUUGGCAUAGCAAGAAGUUUUGGAGGAAAUGAAACUGAAGCAAAUACAACUAAAGUAGUUGGAACAUUAGGUUACAUAUCCCCGGAGUAUGCAAGUGAAGGACUGUACUCAGUAAAGUCCGAUGUUUUUAGCUUUGGUGUUAUGGUGCUAGAGAUUGUGAGUGGGAAGAGAAACAGAGGAUUUUCUCACCCAGACCACCGCCUUAACCUUCUUGGACAUGCAUGGACACUUUAUACAGAAGGUAGGUAUUUAGAGCUGAUGGACGCAAUGGUGGGGGACACAUUCCAACCAUCUGAAGUGUUGCGAUCGAUCCAUGUGGGCCUAUUAUGUGUACAACAUUGUGCGGAUGAUCGACCAAGCAUGUCUUCUGUGGUUCUGAUGUUGAGCAGUGAGGUUGCAUUGCCGCAGCCAAGAGAGCCUGGUUUUUUCUGUGACUGGAAUUCCUCAAGGAAUUGCAGAUCAUAUUCAGGCACUGAAGGCAUAACACUAUUAGUGGGUCGGUAGAAAACCUUUCAUUUUGAUGUUUUGUCUUGUCUCAAGACCUAUAACUGUAUAAUCAUUGUUAAAUGAGGACAAAAUUUUGUGUUUAAUGCCCAAUGUCGUCUUCUUAUACUUUAUUCUAUCAGAGUAUAUUAACCAGUUCCUUCUCUGCCA